CUCCUGUGCCGUGUAUGAUAGUGGGGGCUACGUGCAGGAGCUGGGCCUGAGCCUGGAGGAGAGCCGCGACCGGCUGCGCUUCCUGCAGCUUCACAACUGGCUGGACAACAGGAGCCGCGCUGUGUUUGUGGAGCUCACUCGCUACAGCCCGGCCGUGGGGCUGCAUGCCGCCGUCACGCUGCCGCCUCGAGUUCCCAGCGGCCGGCCGUGCCCUGGCCGCCCUCAGCGUGCGCCCCUUUGCAAUGCGCCGCCUCAGCGCGGGCCUCUCGCUGCCACUACUCACCUCGGUGUGCCUGCUGCUAUUCGCGCUGCACUUCGCCGUGGCCGAGGCCCGUACUUGGCACAGGGAAGGGCGCUGGCGCGUGCUGCAGCCCAAAGCCUGGGCACGGUGGCUGCUGGUGGCGCUGACGGCGGCCACGGCACUGGUACGCCUCGCCCAGCUGGGUGCCGCCGACCGCCAGUGGACCCGCUUCGUGCGCGGCCGCCCGCGCCGGUUCACUAGCUUCGACCAGGUGGCGCAGCUGAGCUCUGCAGCCCGUGGCCUGGCGGCCUCGCUGCUCUUCCUGCUUUUGGUCAAGGCUGCCCAGCAGCUACGCUUCGUGCGCCAGUGGUCCGUCUUUGGCAAGACAUUAUGCCGAGCUCUGCCAGAGCUCCUGGGGGUCACCUUGGGCCUGGUGGUGCUCGGGGUAGCCUACGCCCAGCUGGCCGUCCUGCUCGUGUCCUCCUGUGUGGACUCCCUCUGGAGCGUGGCCCAGGCCCUGUUGGUGCUGUGCCUGGGUCCGGGCUCUCUCCCCUGUGUCCUGCCGAGUCCUGGGACCUGUCACCCCUGCUGUGUGUGGGGCUCUGGGCGCUGCGGCUGUGGGGCGCCCUACGGCUGGGGGCUGUUAUUCUCCGCUGGCGCUACCACGCCCUGCGUGGAGAGCUGUACCGGCCGGCCUGGGAGCCCCAGGACUACGAGAUGGUGGAGUUGUUCCUGCGCAGGCUGCGCCUCUGGAUGGGCCUCAGCAAGGUCAAGGAGGGGCUCCAAGGUAUCCCCGGAUGUGCCCCCACCCAGCGCUGGCUCCGAUGCCUCACACCCCUCCACCUCCUCCAGCCAGCUGGAUGGGCUGAGCGUGAGCCUGGGCCGGCUGGGGACAAGGAGUGAGCCCGAGCCCUCGCGCCUCCAAGCCGUGUUCGAGGCCCUGCUCACCCAGUUUGACCGACUCAACCAGGCCACAGAGGACGUCUUACCAGCUGGAGCAGCAGCUGCACAGCCUGCAAGGCCGCAGGAGCAGCCGGGCCCCCGCUGGACCUUCCCGUGGCCUGUCCCUGGGCCUGCGGCCAGCCCUGCCCAGCCGCCUUGCCCGGGCCAGUCGGGGUGUGGACCUGGCCACUGGCCCCAGCAGGACACCCCUGCGGGCCAAGAACAAGGUCCACCCCAGCAGCACUUAGGCCCCCUCCCUGGCGGGGGUGGGCUGUGGAGUCAGAGUGGACACCGCUCAGUAUUACCUUCUGCCACCUUCAAGGCCUCUGGCCAGGCCGAAUGGCUGCACGCAGGUUCCCCAGAGAGCAGGCAGGGGCGUCUUGUCUGCCUGUGGGCUUCAGCACUUUAAAGAGGCUGUGUGGCCAACCAGGACCCAGGGUCCCCUCCCCGGCUCCCAUGGGGAGGACACAGCAGUAUUGGACGGUUUCCAGCCUCUGAGAUGCUAAUUUAUUUCCCCGAGUCCUCAGGUACAGCGGGCUGUGCCCGGCCCCACCCCCUGGGCAGAUGUCCCCCAUUGCUAAGGCUGCUGGCUUCAGGGAGGGUUAGCCUGCACUGCCGCCACCCUGCCCCUAAGUUAUUACCUCUCCCGUUCCUACCGUACUCCCUGCACCGUCUCACUGUGUGUGUUGUGUCAGUAAUUUAUAUGGUGUUAAAAUGUAUAUAUUUUUGUAUGUCACUAUUUUCACUAGGGCUGAGGGGCCUGCGCCCAGAGCUGGCCUCCCCCAACACCUGUCUGCGCUUGGUAGGUGUGGCGGGGUUACGGCAGCCUGGCUGCUGCUUGGAUGCGAGCAUGGCCUUGGGCCGGUGCUGGGGGCACAGCUGUCUGUCUGUCAGGCACUCUCAUCACCCCAGAGGCCUUGUCAUCCUCCCUUGCCCCAGGCCAGGUAGCAAGAGAGCAGCACCCAGGCCUGCUGGCAUCGGGUCUGGGUGAGGAGCAGGACUAGGCAUGUCAGAGGACCCCAGGGUGGUUAGAGGAAAAGACUCCUCCUGGGGGCUGGCUCCCAGGGUGGAGGAAGGUGAGCGUGUGUGCAUGUGUGUGUGCGCGUGCGUGUGGCCCAGGCAGCCCCAAGGCCCUCGGAGCUGGCUGCGCCUGCUUCUGUGUACCACAUCUGUGGGCACGGCCGCUGCUAGAGCCUCGACACCCCCCCCCACCCCCGCACCAAGCAGACAAAGUCAAUAAAAGAGCUGUCUGACUGCA